UUAUUUCACUUGUGUUGUACAUCUGGUCGCGAUUGAAACGGAACCUCUUCUCACUGCCAUCUCAUUGUUUAUUGUGUUGUCGAUGUUGGACUUCUAUUAUCGAGCAUUAACCAACAAUACGAUUAAAAAGAUAUGCGUCCCUAAGCAAUUGGGAUUAUUAGGGUGGACCUAAACCGCGGAACCUCGGAGUGGAUGUAAACACCAGAAUAUAAAAUGAAUGUUUUGGCCAGAUCCAGCCUAUGGCGAUUGGCAAAGGAUGAGUCCAAACAAGUGGAAGAACCGAAUGGCUCUAUCGAACAGGACAUCCGUGUUCAAGAUGCAACUGGUGAUUUACACCAGAAUGUAGUCCAUAAGUCCACUAAUUUUAUGGUAGUCAACAGUCCCAACCAAAAUCAGUUUGAACACUUCGUUCAAACUUUAAACUCCGACAAUGCAAAUGUGUCUCGAAUGGAGCGGAAAAUUGAAAAAAUGGAAUCUCAAAUUGCGACACUGGUGGAGCAGAAUAUCCAAAUUCUAGCAAAAGUAAAACGAAUUUCGGACAAAUUUCAAACUGGUCUUCCAAAGACUGAGUUUCCUAUAAAAACCAUUGAAGAACUUGGUGAAAUAGAAGCCAAAGUAACGGACAACUAUGACAAAUAUGUGGACCUGUUCCGAACCAUUCUCGCACCCGAAGGCGUAAAAAAACACAUGAGUAGAAUUUUAUCGACCUCGAUUUUAAUGAGUAUGAACUAUUCAGGCACUGGUUCCAAAACUGGGCUUAAUUCAUACGUAAACCUAAACAAGUGCAUUUAUGAUUCUCAGAAAAGGGAUGGUUACACAUUCGCAGAUUAUGUGCAGGAUGUUAGGAGGGCCUUUGCGAAAAUGAAAAAUAAGGUUUACAAGGCCAAAACAUUUGCAAAACAAGCGCUUAGAGCUGCAAAAAAAGAAGAAUGUGAGAAAGACCUCAAAAAGCUAGUUUUACCUGGAUCGAAUUAAUUUAACUAAAUCGAUGAAAUGUGAUAUAUAUGUUUAUAAACAUUCUUUAUCGGAAAAAAUUGUUUAAAUAAAAUUUAAUAUAAAAUAUAA